CCAAGAAAUUUUCGAAGUUGCCGACGAGGAGGAGGAGGAGGAGGAGAGGUAGGUAGGGGAUCAUAUCAUGGAGGCAGGGAAAGGUUCGCCUUCGUGGUGGUCCACAUGGUUCGCUUCGCAGAGCCAGUAUCGCGAUCGUGAUGGCGAUGGCGCGGUAUCCCUUGUCCACUGGUGGCUGUCUUGGGGCAUUACGCGGUUGCUCUCCGUGUUCGGCUUGACGACGGGGGACGGAGAGUAUCCAGAAUGGCUACCGCAUGCGGUGAUGAGUGGGAUGGUGAGCGCGGUGGUCACGGCUAUGGCGGCUUUCGUGUUGCAUAAGAAGCUGUUGCGCUCUUCUUCUGUUUCGUUAUCAAAAGAUGGAAGAGAGAAAGGAGGAACUGCAAGGAGAAGAGAGCGGGCAGAGAAGCUCGUCGUGUUGGAAGAGACGGAUGGAGAGUCGGAUGAGAACAGUCUCGGAUCGAUGGGAGUAAUUGCUGGAUCGAUUGGAGAUAAGGGAGGAGGGGGAGGGGGCGGGGGGAAAGAGGGGGGCGCGGGUGGAGGAGGAGGGCCGCCCAUCAGCGGAAGCAAUCGAGGUAAGCGAAGGCGAAGCCAUCGACUUGUAGCAGCGGAGCGCAGUGUCAUUAUGGCAGCAGCUGAUCAGGCGCUGGGACCUGUGUCUGCGACCAAGGGGGGAGGAGGUCCCAUCACUCCCCGUCAGCAUCAACAGCGGGAAAUCCAAGAUCAGUAUCAUCGUCUUCAUCAGGAUCAGUUUUUCCCAAUUAAGGUUGAUAAUCAUUGGCCUCAACAACAACAACAAUCGACGCCCUUGCUAGUGCAAUCAACGGCCUUGUCUCUGCAAUCGUCGCCGUUUGCGAUCCAAUUGCCGAAGUCCCCACGAGUGCAGCAGCAGCAGCAGCAGCAGGAUCAUACGGCCGCAUCUGGUCCGCAUGAGGACCAGAUGCAGCAGCAGCAGCAGCAGCAGAACUUGCAAGUUGAAGGGCGGGAAGAGUGGGGUCGAAUGGUAGGGCGCCGUCAAUUGCGUGUGAAUGCAACGAACGGACGAGAUGAGCGCAUCGGCGGGUCUCCAACUCCGUUGACGGUCAAGAGCGGUGGUGGCAACACGGGCCUGAGGAGGAAUAACCUGAUGACUGGGCUUCGGCCACCAAGCCCCAAGUCACCGAUGAAAGGCGCCGGGCAGUUUCAGCAGGUGGAACUGACAGAUGAAGAUGACGAUGAAAUGGACCCGGAAGAAGAUGGUAAUGAUGAAAUGGAUGGCGCUGUUGAUGGGGAAGGUGUAGAGGACGAUGAGGUCGUUGAUGGAGGAGGUGGUAGCAUCGGAAAGCUGGAUGGCCCAGUUUCACCCACUCGGUCUGCCCAGCUACAUGACGGCAAUCCCAGCGAUAUAAAUGUGCAUGCUCAUGAACCCAUUACUGUAGCAGCAGAUUUUCUGAGGAAAGAGAAGGAGCAAGAGACGUUUUCCAAACUUGUCAUCACCCCAAUCGAUGCACCAACGGUUGAGCUGGAAGAAGUCUGUCUCAUGAUGCAAGAGUGCAUGGCGCUGCGAGAGAAGUAUGUGUUUCGAAAGAAGGUUCCGCCAUGGCACAGUGAAAUUGUCGACCCGUCGACUCCUCGCCCUGUCAAAGAUAUUUUCCAUUUCACUCCUGAACCGGCUUCUGAUCACUUUUUCAAGAUGGAGAAUGGAGUGGUUCAUGUCUUCGCCAACAAGGAUGCGACCGAAGAGCUUUUUCCAGUAUAUGAUGGAACCGCGUUCUUCACCGAUAUGCACCGCAUCUUGAAGAUAGUCAGCACUGGUGCAGUGAAGUCUUUCUGUCAUCAGAGGCUUCAGCUGCUGGAACAGAAAUUUAGCCUCCAUUUGAUGCUGAAUGCAGACAGGGAGUUCCUUGCGCAGAAAAGUGCACCACAUCGUGACUUCUACAAUGUGCGCAAAGUCGAUACCCAUGUUCAUCAUUCUUCGUGUAUGAAUCAGAAGCAUCUCCUCCGGUUCAUCAAGUCCAAGCUGAGGAAAGAACCUGAUGAGGUGGUCAUCUUCCGUGAUGGGAAGUACUUGACUCUGCGAGAAGUGUUUGAAAGCCUGGAUCUCACUGGGUAUGAUCUCAAUGUGGAUCUGCUGGACGUUCAUGCCGACAAGACCACAUUCCAUCGCUUCGACAAGUUCAACUUGAAAUACAAUCCUUGUGGGCAAAGUAGGCUGAGGGAAAUCUUCCUAAAGCAGGACAAUUUGAUCCAGGGACGUUUCCUAGGAGAGUUGACUCAGGAGGUUUUCUCAGAUCUAGCUGCAAGCAAAUAUCAGAUGGCAGAGUACAGGAUUUCUAUAUAUGGAAGGAAGAGAAGCGAGUGGGACACGCUUGCCAAUUGGAUUGUCAACAAUGAGUUGUACAGUGAAAAUGUUGUGUGGCUGAUUCAGCUUCCUCGUCUGUACAAUAUCUAUAAAGACAUGGGAAUCAUAAAGAAUUUCCAAACAAUUCUUGACAACGUCUUCAUCCCGCUUUUCGAAGUUUCCGUCGAUCCCAACUCGCACCCGCAACUCCAUGUUUUCUUGAAGAUGGUUGUGGGAUUCGACAUGGUGGAUGAUGAGAGCAAGCCGGAGAGAAGACCCACAAAGCAUAUGCAGCCACCUAUAAUGUGGGAGAAUCCGUUCAACCCGGCGUACUCGUAUUAUGCGUACUACUGCUGGGCCAAUAUGUAUGUUUUGAACAGACUUAGGGAAUCGAAGGGAUACUCGGUUAUCCGGUUCCGGCCACAUGCCGGGGAGGCAGGCGAUCUGGAUCACCUCGCAUCUGCAUUUCUUUCGUGCCACAACAUUGCUCACGGCAAUAAUCUUCGCAAGUCGCCUGGCCUUCAGUACCUCUUCUAUUUGGCCCAGAUCGGUUUGGCGAUGUCACCAUUGAGCAACAACUCACUGUUCCUGGACUACCACCGCAAUCCAUUCCCUAUGUUCUUCGCAAGAGGAAUGAAUGUGUCGCUGUCAACAGAUGAUCCAUUGCAGAUUCAUCUUACCAAGGAGCCUCUUGUUGAAGAAUACAGCAUUGCAGCACAGGUGUGGAAGCUCAGCCCAUGUGACAUUUGUGAGAUUGCAAGGAACAGUGUUUACCAGUCAGGAUUCUCUCACGCUGUGAAGUGUCAUUGGGUGGGUGCCAACUACUACAAGCGAGGUCCAGACGGGAAUGACAUUCACAAGACGAACGUGCCACACAUACGGGUGGAAUUCCGACACGAGGUGUGGAAAGAGGAGCUUAAUUAUGUGUACUUGGGAAAUCCGAAUAUCCCCAAAGAGAUAGAUGCUUAGCCCCACUUGGUAUCAAUAUGCCAACUCCCUAGAGAGGUGAGGCAACAGGCAUUAUGUGUGCCCAACUUGUCAUGACAAGCAGAGAUGGGCGCUGGUCAGCGAGUGCUGCGAGGAGGCGACUUCCACCCUCAAACACUCGGCAGACGUGUGUGACGACCUCGCAGGCAAGGCAAAAGGCAAAGUGUCGAACUCUUUGUCACACACAGUGAGAUGCGUCCCGCUUUACCAACCAGCAUGCGGAGGCAUUCUUCCACCCCCGGACGAUCUCGAAACGGCCUCCACCUCAAUGGCUCAGAAGCAGGGUUUGUUUUAUGAGAGCAGUGAAGAUCUCAUCUGUACAGGUGUGUCCUUUCUGAUUCACAGGGAAUCUGGCAAUCAUGAUGUGGAGUCAAAAAUCUCUCAUCACGGUGCACUUGUCUGUACGUUUCAAUGGGUUGUCUGACUUGUCGCAGUGGGUCGCAUGGUGGAUGUAAUGAGCGGAGGAGGAGAUUGGAAAGAGCAGCUGAGAAUAACAAGAGGAAUGGAUGAAGUCGAUGUCAAUCCGUCGGAACGCGUUUCCUUAAUCUUCGACUAUCUUCGACUUCGAAUGACACUCAGGCAGGCAGGCAGGCAGGCAGGCAGUGGUGCGGCGGGAGGCAUGUCGUUGCACGCUACAUGAGAGGCGCGACAGGUUCACAGUCCUUUGACAGCUCAAUUCACAAUGUGAGUAGACUCGGAAUCCGAAUGGAUGUAUGUUGCGGGCCCUGAUUGGUGUUCAACGGUCGGAUGGCUGUUGACUGCCUGAUCGAUGUUUGAGCAGCAGGCGGUCAAGGAGUGUGUUGCAAGAGCUCACAAGCGAACUUCGAUUGUUGCGGGCGAGUUCUGCUGAAGUUGCGAUCAACAAGAAGUGUGUUAUUGUCUUCGCUCAGUGUACGUUGCAGUAGAACCAGGCAGGCAAGCCCUGUACUAGGCCAUGUCUUUUUGUGUUUAUGAACUUUAUGAUCAUGGAGUUGCAAAAAGAAGUAAGUGUCAUCUCAUGUGUCCCCUCUGUAAUCCAGCAUCCUGGACACAAGAUUGACACCGGCAUGUGUGUGAGUGAGUGGUCGUCGACGGCCCUAUUUGGGGGAAUUGCUGCAGUUGGAUUUUGCAAUGUGUGUACAGUGGAAAUCAGUGACAAGGUGUGUUCUAGAUGUGGGAGUGAGAGAGUGGAUAGAUGGGGUCUUCGGUACCCCCUGAGCGAGAUUGGCAAAAUUUUAAGGCUUGUGGGAUUCAGGAUUUCAGAGGAGUUGUCUUUGCUAGAUAGAAUGUGAUGUAGGUGUCGUCAGCGUCGUCUUUCUUUGGGGAGAUGACAUUUGUUGUAUCGGUUGCGACGCUCACGAGUAUUGCGGGCGAUGUGACGGAGAGCGACAAAGAGGCAAAUGGGUGCAUUUUUGUUCCAUUUUUGUGCCACGCCUCAAAUUUUGCCGCAUUUGUGUCUAUAUCCUGAUUUAGCGGAAAAAAAAAGAGUGCAAGGCAAAGCGGAGCCAAGUCUGUCAUCUUCUUGUUCUUUUGGUGUUUCGGAGUUUCGUGUCCAGUGUCGCGAUUUCCUCUUUUUGUCCGUCGUGAUCCUGAAAUUGAAAUUCUGUUUUGGGAAGUCGUCUGAACUUGGCGUUUUGCUCUCCGUAUGUUAUGCUCGCGGUCAGGGAGUGACAGUUUUCAUUUUUGUUUUGUUGUUGUUAAUUUCUCAGCUCGAUGACCACAGGUUAGGCUUGCCACUUUGCACUUAAGUGUUUUUUGAGGUUCGUCAACUUUGUUUUCAUUUCUCAGGUAUAUGACCACAGAUUGGACUUGCAUCUUUUUUUUUUUUUUUGCACUUCCGCAGCCAAAGUUUGCAGU